GUCAUGGGCCCAUGGCGCACCAAUGACCGCCACUCAUAUAUAUAUUUAUUAUAAAUAAAUUGAAUUAAUUCCAAACUCGCCAAAGCCACAAGGCAUCAAUUCGAACUACGCUCCGAAUUUGGCAGCUGAACUGAACAUUUCAAAGGACGAGACAGAAUUUCUCAGUACCAUCAUGCUGACGGCCUCGCCGCCGUCUCAGGUGAAGCCGCAACAAUGGGCGACGUGCCGGAUCAGCGUGGCAUCCUCGGCGGCGUUUCUUCCGCCGCCACCGGCCGCCGCCGGACGGUCUGUCGUCCCCGUCGAGUUCAGGAGGACGACGACGGUUGCCUCCGCCGCGCUCGGGCCUGUGUCCACCGAGCCCGCAGAAAGGUCUCCCGCGCCACAGCCUCCGCCACAGUCCAGCGACGACGACGACGAGGAGACGAUGCUCGGAAACUACGUCCCGGUCUACGUCAUGCUCCCACUUGAGGUGGUGACCACGGAGAACGAGGUGGAGGACUCGGGGGAGCUCCGGGCGCAGCUGCGGCGGCUGCGGGAGGCCGGCGUGGACGGCGUGAUGGUGGACGUGUGGUGGGGCAUCGUGGAGGGCGCCGGGCCGGGGCUCUACGAGUGGCGCGCGUACCGGGAGCUGUUCCGGAUCGUGCAGGCGCAGGGGCUCAAGCUGCAGGCCAUCAUGUCGUUCCACGCGUGCGGCGGCAACGUCGGCGACGCCGUCAACAUCCCGAUCCCACGGUGGGUAAGGGAGGUCGGCGAGGCCGACCCCGACGUGUUCUACACGAGCUCCACUGGGGCGCGGAACCAGGAGUACCUCACCAUUGGCGUCGACGACGAGCCGCUGUUCUAUGGCAGGACUGCCAUCCAGUUGUAUGCCGAUUUCAUGAAGAGCUUCAGGGAGAACAUGGCGGAUUUCCUGGAGUCCGGUCUGAUCGUGGACAUCGAGGUCGGGCUUGGCCCUGCAGGGGAGCUGAGGUACCCGUCCUACCCGGAGACGCAGGGCUGGGUGUUCCCCGGCAUCGGACAGUUCCAGUGUUACGACAAGUACCUGGAGGCGGAUUUCAAGGCGGCGGCGGCGGAGGCCGGGCACCCAGAGUGGGAGCUACCGGACGACGCUGGGGAGAUGAACGACACGCCGGAGGACACGGGGUUCUUCGCGGCGGAGCGAGGGACGUACCUCACCGAGCAGGGGAGGUUCUUCCUGACAUGGUACUCCAGCAAGCUGAUCCAGCAUGGAGACAGGGUGUUGGAUGAAGCCAACAAGGCCUUCCUGGGGUGCAAGGUCAAGCUCGCCGCCAAAGUGUCCGGGAUACACUGGUGGUACAGGCACCCGAGCCACGCGGCGGAGCUGGCCGCCGGGUACUACAACCUCGGCGGCCGGGACGGGUACGCGCCGGUCGCGCGCAUGCUGGCGCGGCACGGCGGCGCCAUCCUCAACUUCACCUGCGCGGAGAUGCGGGACUCGGAGCAGCCCGAGGAGGCCCUGAGCGCCCCGGAGCAGCUCGUCCAGCAGGUGCUCUGCGCCGGGUGGAGGGAGGGGAUCGACGUGGCGUGCGAGAACGCGCUGAGCCGGUACGACCGCCGCGGGUACAACCAGAUGCUGCUCACCGCGCGGCCCAACGGCGUCGUCGGUCUCUCCGGCGACGGCGCCGGCGCCGGAGCGGCGCCGCGCAGGGUCGCGGCGGUCACGUACCUCCGGCUCUCGGACGAGCUCCUCGCCAGCAACAACUUCCGGAUCUUCCGGACCUUCGUCCGGAAACUGCACGCCGACCUGGAUCUCUGCGCUGAUCCGGACCGGUACGGUCGGCCCAUCAAGCCCCUGGAGACGUCCGCGCCGGAGAUGUCCAUAGAGCGGCUGCUGGAAGCCACCGCGCCGGCGCCGGCACCGGCGCCGGCGUUCCCGUUCGAUCCGGAGACGGACAUGAGCGUCGGCGGCUGGCUCGCGGAGGCCGUUGACUGGGUGCUCGACAAGAUCGAGUGGGUAUUUGGAUAAGAUCAGAUCAGACCCAGGCGGUCAGGCCCUCCUGUCGUCAGCACUUCCGUUCGACACGAGGUCCGUUGAUCGGCAACAGGAAUUGCAUGGCUAGUGACAAAUGCAGUUGUGCUAGCAUUACCAUGUGUCUGAGAUUGUACUUGUACACGCUUAUGCUUGCUGCACAGAAUAGGGGAAGGCCACAGACUGAUGAAAUUUAGAGCAUCUAGAGUAUAUCCAUAUCCCUAUAUAAAACGAGAUGUUUUGCGAUGCUAAGAACUGUGUGUGUUCCCCUUCAAACGUUCAAGUGAUGUGAUCUGCAUGUCUUUUCCUCAUUCGUCA